AUGACCGCAGUGAUGCGCAGCCUGGCCUUUCUGCUGCCCGAACUUUGCAAAGACAUCUUCCAUGAGCUCUUAGAGGCAGGGGCACUGCCGCUCCCCUUGACGCAGGAGACCGGUGUGCCGCCGGAGAGCGGAACGCUGAUAGACAGUGUUGUGGAGGAUGUAUAUGCAGGGCACAUCGAGCUCCCGCCGCCCGCUGCGAAAGGCAAAGGCCCAGUCGCUCAGUCUCGGCCAAAAUCUGCAGCGGCACCGGUCUCGAAUGUGUACAAGGAUUCACCCUACAAGGCCUCCAGUCAGCCGAAUUGGCAGCAUCAAGGAGCACAAAAAAGACCGCUGGAACAGAGCUUUGGUGGAAAAGGUGGUACUAGGAAUGGUCACGGGGCUCACAAGUGGCCGCGAAAUGGAUCUCAGCCUGUCCCCAGCAGGGGGCAUCCGCUCUGCACGCAGCAGGAAGACUGCAUUGGUCAUGCCGGCAGCGUGCUGGUUCAACAUGUUGCCAACGAUGUUGCCGGCGACCUCUACUGCACACACUGCUGGGCUGUCUUUGCUGAUGCAGACGUCUCUUUGGAAGCUCUACCCUAUGAAGCCUAG